CCGCCCCGACGCGAGCAGGAGGAGGAGCUGAGGCAAUCCCCGCCACUCUGGCAGGUCCGCGGCGCCGCGGGAACCCGCCGACGGCGCGGGUAGCCGGUCCCCGCGCCCCAGAGGUGCGGGCGGCCGGGGGACCAUGGAGCAAGGAGACGCGCUGCGUCCUGGCCCGGGGCUGGCGGCUCGGGCGCUGCCCCCGCGGCUAGCGCUGCUGACGCUGCUGCUGCUACUGAUGGGUCGGGGGCUCCAUGCGGUGGCCUCGGCCUCCUCCUCUGGGGCGGCGGCCGAGGACAGCAGCGCCAUGGAGGAGCUGGCCACCGAGAAGGAGGCGGAGGAGAGCCACCGGCAAGACAGCGUGAGCCUGCUUACCUUCAUCCUGCUGCUUACGCUCACCAUCCUCACCAUCUGGCUCUUCAAGCACCGCCGUGUGCGCUUCCUGCACGAGACAGGGCUGGCCAUGAUCUAUGGACUCAUCGUUGGGGUGAUCCUGAGGUAUGGCACCCCGGCCACCAGCGGCCAUGACAAGACACUCAGCUGCAGUCAGGAAGACAGGGCUUUCAGCACCUUGCUAGUUAAUGUCAGUGGGAAAUUCUUUGAGUACACCUUGAAAGGAGAAAUCAGCCCUGGCAAAAUCAACAGUGUAGAACAGAAUGACAUGCUGAGAAAGGUAACAUUUGAUCCAGAGGUAUUUUUCAAUAUUCUAUUGCCUCCAAUUAUUUUCCAUGCUGGUUACAGUUUAAAGAAGAGACACUUUUUUCGGAAUCUUGGAUCUAUUCUGGCCUAUGCCUUCUUGGGUACUGCUGUAUCCUGCUUUAUUAUUGGAAAUCUCAUGUAUGGUGUAGUAAAGCUUAUGAAGAUUGUGGGACAGCUCUCAGAUAAAUUUUACUACACGGACUGUCUCUUUUUUGGAGCGAUCAUCUCUGCCACUGACCCAGUGACAGUGCUGGCUAUAUUUAAUGAAUUGCAUGCAGAUGUGGACCUGUAUGCCCUUCUGUUUGGAGAAAGCGUCCUCAAUGAUGCAGUUGCCAUUGUAUUGUCCUCGUCUAUUGUUGCCUACCAGCCAGCAGGACUAAACACACAUGCCUUUGAUGCUGCUGCCUUCUUUAAGUCAGUUGGCAUCUUUCUAGGCAUAUUUAGUGGCUCUUUUACCAUGGGAGCUGUGACCGGUGUCGUGACUGCUCUAGUGACCAAGUUCACCAAGCUGCACUGCUUCCCUCUGCUGGAGACAGCACUCUUCUUCCUGAUGUCCUGGAGCACUUUCCUCUUGGCAGAAGCCUGUGGCUUUACUGGUGUUGUAGCUGUUCUUUUCUGUGGAAUCACACAAGCUCAUUACACCUACAACAAUUUGUCUGUGGAAUCGAGGAGUCGAACCAAGCAGCUCUUUGAGGUGUUACACUUUCUGGCCGAGAACUUCAUCUUCUCCUACAUGGGCUUGGCACUCUUUACCUUCCAGAAGCACGUAUUCAGCCCAGUUUUCAUCAUUGGAGCUUUUGUUGCCAUCUUCCUGGGCAGAGCUGCGCAUAUCUACCCACUCUCCUUCUUCCUCAACUUGGGCAGAAGGCAUAAGAUUGGAUGGAAUUUUCAACACAUGAUGAUGUUUUCAGGCCUCAGGGGAGCAAUGGCAUUUGCUCUGGCCAUCCGGGACACAGCAUCCUAUGCUCGCCAGAUGAUGUUCACGACCACACUCCUCAUCGUAUUCUUCACUGUGUGGGUCAUUGGUGGAGGCACAACACCCAUGUUGUCAUGGCUAAAUAUCAGAGUUGGCGUUGAGGAGCCCUCCGAAGAGGACCAGAGUGGACACCGAUGGCAGUACUUCAGAGUUGGUGUUGACCCCGAUCAAGACCCACCACCUAACAAUGACAGCUUUCAAGUCUUACAAGGGGAUGGUCCAGAGUCUGCCAGAGGGAACCGUACAAAACAGGAGAGUGCGUGGCUAUUCAGGCUGUGGUACAGCUUUGACCAUAAUUACUUGAAGCCUAUCCUUACACACAGUGGCCCACCACUAACCACCACUCUUCCAGCUUGGUGUGGCUUGCUUGCCCGAUGCCUGACCAGCCCCCAAGUAUAUGACAACCAAGAGCCUCUGAGGGAGGAAGACUCAGAUUUCAUCCUGACUGAGGGUGACCUCACCUUGACCUAUGGAGACAGCACCGUGACUGCAAAUGGCUCCUCAGGCUCCCAUGCAGCCUCCAUGAAUCUCAAGGACAGUCGGAGAACCAAGAACGGCUCCGAGGAGGUGCUGGAACGAGACCUGGGAAUGGGAGACCAGAAGGUUUCAAACAGGGGCACCCGCCUAGUAUUUCCCCUAGAGGAUAAUGCAUGACUUUGCCCCACCCCAAUCCCUGAAGCAGUAGGGGGUGGGCCCACCAGUGGGGUGAGGAUGGCUGCAAGUCCAGUGCUAUUUGAGGUGGGGCAUUAAUUGAAUGUGACUAACUAUUCGAUUUUGAGGGACCUAAAAAUUUCUUUUCUUAUUUGAACUGCAAUCCAGGCUGCAGGUGUUGAGGCGGAAGUAUCUCUGAAUCAAGACAAAUGCAGAUGUAUUCCCAUUUUCCACAUAGUAGCACACCAUUCAGAGUUAAACAAAGCCAAACAAAAAUAGCAUGCUUCCCUGGUCUCUUAAUUCAGUCACCUGCUGUAACUGACACAACUGUGGCUGGUGUGGGGUCUUCCUCCCAGGAGAGGCUCCCUAGCAUAUGCAGCUGUUCAAGGCUAGCCAGCUGCCUGUCAGAAUAUCAAGUUAGGAGAGAACAGGCCAGAUCAUGAAGGCAGGCAAUUGAGAAUGAACCUCCAAGGAUUAUGGGAAUUUGGUGUGAAAAAGGGUGAUGAAACAGGAAAAAAGCAAAUUGAGUGGCCUCGUGGCUGCAACGUCAUGUCAGGAUUCCUGACUCUUGUUUUUGCUACCUGUGUUUUCUCUAGACUGACGAAUUGGAAAAUAGAUCCAUGAAUGUUUCACCAUGGGGGAAAGAAUUAUAAAUUCCUUCUCUGGAAAGCUCCAUAAAGAAGAAGUUACUGAAAUGUUUAAAACCAAAGGCAAAAUAGUGUUGUGCUGUUGUUUUUGAAUUAACAUGAGGACCAGAGAAACGCUUUUCGAAACUGAUCAUGAUGACAUGGCCAAAAAAAAAAUUGAUCAACUAUUGAGGGCUGCCUUAUGAGCUUACUGCCUGAGAAAUGAUUCCUAGGACUGAUAUAUCUACUGUGGGUUUAGAAAUAACAGUCACCUUUGUACUAUGCUUUUAUUUGGGGAAGAAAAGACACCAAGAAGUCUAAGGGGAAAAUAGACUAGUAUCCAGAGGUCCAGAGGGAAGAAUCUUGCUAUGAAAAAGUUUACUGCAACAAAGAAAAAACUAUACAAGAUAGUGUUCUGAUAAAUACAUGAGAUGCCAUUGCCAUCUGAGGAAUCAGAGGCAAGUCAAUUGAAAAUGAAACUUGACUCAACCCCUUGAGACUACCUAUCUUAAAUCAGAUUAAAAACCCAGCUAUUUCAGCGCUGGUGUUGAGAAGAGACAUUUACUGAGUUUCUGGAAAAUCUUCUAUCAGCUUUAUGCAUGAGUGUGAUUCAAAACUUACGGUUUAGGUUCUUUGUGGGUGAACUAUUCUAUCUGACCAGACCUAUAACAGGUGACAAUACUUAAAGAACUCUUGUAAAUGAGACUCUUGUGUCUCCAUAUAUCUCUCUGCUUUCAUGCUAGUAUAUUUGAAAACUCGAUUUCUAAUAAUUGCUUUCGUGAAAUGUGGGCAAUUUUCUCAUUGUGGCAGACAAAAGAGGCAUUCAGUCUAAUCUGUCCAUAAUGAAAUUAGCCAUUUAAUCUGCUCAGCUCACAUUUUUCAGGAUUCAUUCUUAAAUAUGGCAUUGCUUCACACUAUGUGUUUUAAAUGGACAUUUUGAGCAAGCCACGAAAAAAAAAUCAUUCUUGUAUUGAGCCAUAGGAAAUUGCUGUAUCGGCCAUUAUAAAUGGAAGGAAUGGCAAUUUCAUAAGGUUCAAUGCAAUAAACAGAGUGAUUUUUAUUCCUCUCUAUCUAUACAAAAGUCUACUUUGAUUUUUACCUGGUCAUUCAUGACUUUGCAGGUUUGAAAAAGUGCUGAACAACGCAUUUAACUUACAAGGCCUCAGGUUAUCUAGGCCUGUGAAGGACUAAAUAAAACUUACAACUCACAGAUACAGAAACAACUUUCUUAGACAACCCCUGAAUGGGAGGUCAUAUAUCAUGGGCUGCAGAUAGCAGCUGCCAGGCUUAGCAGAAGACCAGAAAUGUGUGUAUGUGCUUGCACAUGGAGCUAGCACCAGGGGUCUUUAUUCAAUAGUGUUAUCUCAGUAAUCACCAACCAGGACAUGUUAACAUAAAAGGGGACACUUUGGGAUGUGUUUCCUUUUUGUAGAGAUAAAAAGGCUGGUUGGCUCUUUGGCCAGGUCUUGAUAAAGCCUUGCUCUCUUAAUUAAUAAGGUCCUGAAAUUCUUGGAAUCUCAAUGACAGUCCUUGAAAGGAGCCAGCAUGAUAGACCACGGCCUCUCUUCAUUAACCUCUUGCUUUUGUUGUUUGGUUGGUUUUCUAGAGAGUUCUUAGCAUCUCAUGAAAAUUUUCUCAUAGGACAUAAAAGUAACUACCAAGUCUCCCUCUCUACAUGUAGAUCUCCUGUAAAUUUUUAUGUUUCCAACCACUCCCACACUGGAGGAUUUUGUAGUCUGAAGUAUAUACAUUUUAUUUUGACCUACCUAAACAGAAGCCCAUGGAGAUUUAUCAAGAACAGAAUUUAGCUAGGACCAUAGUUAUUUGUUUGGGUCUUUUAUUCACUGCAGCAGCAGAGUGAGUCACUGAUCUGUAUAGUUCUAAUUUUCAUUUGCAAAAUGAAGAGCAUAAUCCUGACCUUAUCUCUAAGCAAGUGAGUCUGUUUGUGAAAAUUAUUCCACCUUAGAAGCUCUGUGCCUAUUCCAAGGAAUAAAAGUGGGGUGCCAUAAAGCUUUUAAUCAUUUAACUCCAGGCCAAGGAUCUUCCGCCAGUCUGACAUAUUUGGGUUGAAACUACUUAGUAAUAGUACAGCCAGAAUUCCUCUGAGAGAGUAACCCCAACAUAUCUUCUGACCAUAUUUGUUCAAGGAUGAGGGCUGACUAUUCAGCAGAGUUAUAUUCUCUAGAACAGAGGUUAUAAGUCUUGGUUGCACAUUAGAAUUACCUAGCCAGUUAUUUUUUAAUAUAACCCCAAUGUGGGGUCCCCACCCUCAGAGAUUUCCAUUCCCUAGACUUGGAUUGGAGCCUGGCUUCCAUGCUUUGUUUCAGACCUUUGGGAAUUCUAAUUUGUAGUGAGGGUUAAACCUUAAUACUAGAAAGUGCAGUGGCCCGUGUUUGGAACCUUCUUUUAAACAAUGGUUUAGCAAAUGAGGGUUUUUUUUUAAAUGUUAGUCAUGUGAAACAAAUGAAUUGAGUGUUAAUGAAUAAUACAGACUAUACAGCUGUGAAAACGUUUCUUGGUGAUGAUCUUUGCAGAAAUCAGGCACCUACUUCAUGAAGUACGGCUGCAGAUCAUACUUGACAAUCUUCGAGCAGGAAAGGGAAAGAAGGGUGAGUUGAAGUGUGUGAGAAUUUUAGAAGAAGAGUAUGAGAAUUUUAGACCUUUCAUCUUUACUCUGGAAAACAGGAGGGGUUGUCCAAACUAAACACUGACCAAGCAAACAUGGGUUUUGAGAAACUAUCUUUUCUAUUUAACCUAGGGUUAAAUUUCCUUAGACUACUCAGAAUAAAGGUGAGAGAGUUUAUUGUCAAAGCUGAUACACCAAGUGGAAGGUUAUAUAAUGACUUUGCUGUCACUAAGUGUUAGUGGUUACCUGUAAUUAAGAUGAAAAAAGUUGUAUAGCAUUGAUGGGGGGGAAAUAAACCCAUGAUUUUUCUUUUAACCAUUUUGUUGGGAGUCUACAAGGAGACUAGAACUUUUAGUCCUAAAGAAAGAAGCUUGGAAUCAAACAAGGCUGGCAUCUCUUCCUGGGAAACAAGUAUAAGAAAGGCAUAUGUUACUAAAUCAACUCUUAACAGUCCAAGGGACUUACUGAGAUGACCAAAUGAGCAUUUGCUCAUGUAACCAAAAUUCACACUGCAGUAGCAAGUGUUUCACCUAACAGCAAGGAACACUCACUGGGCCGUGUUCUCUAGAACUAAAAAUGACCUCUUGGUUUUAUUAACUAAUCGAAAUCUCUUUAGUAGACAUGCAAAAAGGUUAUGUCAGCUCUCCAAGAAUAUUUCUGUAUAGGUGGCAAAUAAUUAUUGGUUCUUGCCUAAGUAUUAAUAUAUUUCAUGCCUCAUCCACCACCCCAACCCUCAAUCAUAUUGCAUCUUUCCUUUGUCCACAGUAGGAGUUAAUGCAAUUUUGUCAUGUAUUUUAUGUGAACAUCAUGAUUUCUAAAUGUAGAAACCUGACUGGUGUAGUUCGGGGAGAUUGGUUACAGGAUAAUUGGUUCAUUCAAAGUAAAAAUCACCUAGUUAGAAACCUACCUAUUGUGAAUUCUAAGAGCUUUACCAGAGAAUUGAUUUUACUGUUGUAAAAUGUCAUUUGGAAUGAGAGUUAUUGGAAAGUCAGCUGAUUCAAUACAUACAUGGGCCUUAGUUUACUCUGAAAAUGGAGAUCUUGACAAGUAUCAUGCCUGCUUUUUAAUACUGAUUUUUAGAUAGUGUUACUGAGUUACUGGCAUUAUUGAGUUCCCAUCUCUUAUGUUGUUUUUGUGAGACUGGUUUGCCUGUAUCAGUUGCUGCACUCUCAUACAGUCAGUUGAAGGAAUCUAGUGGCCAAGAGUUUAGAAAUAACCCUUCUGGAUGCUUCACCACUCUUAUACCUAAAAAUACCUUCCCCCAUCCUAAACCUAAUGAGAACAAUAGACAAAGAAAUACUAUAGAAUCCAAUGCUAGUGUCAACGACAAAAAGCAUGUAGGCUCUUUGACAGUCCUUUCGAAACAAGAUCUAGAAAUAAACCAUUUUCAUAAGUAGAGUGUUUUAAAAUUCAUAAAUACAGCUUUGUCUUGUCACCCAGUGCUAGCAGAAAUGUAAAGAGGAAAACCAAAGUUUUUGAUGUUAGUUUUAUUUUUAUAAGCAGGGUAUAUACUUCAACCAUGGUCCCCAUAAGCAGCCAUUUUUCUGCUACAUGGGCCUUGGUGAUGAAAGAGGGUUUUUGCCUGUUCUGCCUUUUGAAAGGGUCUGAAACUUGGAGAGGUCACUUUCUUAUGCUGACAGCCCAUCCCCCCUUUUUAAAAAGCUCAAUAGAAUUGCCAAAUGUCAUGGUUAGCUAAUCUUGGCCUCUGGAAAAUUAACAGCAUCUGUAUGUGUUGGAGAAACUCAGAAGGACUUGUAGACAUCAUGACGAUCUGUACAUUUGCUGUCUAAAGCCUUUUUUAAAAUGGUUAAGGUCCAGUGUCAGCCCCUGGAUGACUAACUGCAUGGAUAAUUUGGGGAAUUGACUUUUGUUUCCAUCAUUCUGGUUGUGGGCUUUGGAGAAGCAAAGCCAUGGUUUUCACUUGGGUGUUAAAUUAAUUAAUUUGGGAUUUAUCACUGAAAUAACUUAUUCGAAGUGUGACUUAAUAGUAGGGUUCAUUUCCUAGGUUUUUGUUUCCAUUUUGUACAGAAAUACACCUGGUACUUCGUACUUUGGAAGUUUUACUGUGCCUCCUAAAAUGAUUAAAUGGGAGGCCACCAAGACUCAUUGAGUCGCUAAAAAGAAAACUUUAAAAGUAGAAUUAUAGGGUGAAUUUAACACAGGAUGAUGUGACCCGGGGAAUUUUUUAUAGUGAGCUAUCACUUGUAAUUGGGGAGAAUUUUGUCUUCUAUAUCCAUUCAACAGUAGCAAACUGAUGGUUAUAUAAAAUUAACAUUAUACUAUGUUGUAUAAAUAAACAUGUUCUAUAAAAUAAUAUUAAAGUAUGUUUAACUGUGAAAAAGUGAAGACUUGGAUUAUCAGCAACUUUUAUGUGCAAUAAGGAAAACUGCUGUUAGACCCCCCAAAGUGCUACCAUUCCCUAGUAUUUGACUUAACGUUUGCCUUUGUGUGUAUGUUUAGAUUAUAUUGUAAAGCUAGCCACAUGUUCCCCUGCCCUUUACUGAUAUUUAACAAAUUUUUCUCUCAAGGCUUGCUUUCUUUCUUUCUUUCUUUCUUUCUUCUUUUUUUUUACAAAAUCCAAAAUAAAAAAGUUUACUGGCUGA